AUGUGUGAGAAGACGAGCGGCAUCAGCGUCGAGAUGCUCACCAGCGAUUCCAGCGCGAGUGUGACAGCGUGGAAUACGCUGAAUGCAAAGAUCCCUGUAAAGCUGGAAGAUGUCACCUCUGCGACAAGGAGCAGCCAUGGUCAGGAGAGAAUGCGUCCUGUGACGCCUCCGUACGCCAUGAGCAGAGAGUUCGAUGAUGGGGAGGAGAUGGACUGGAAGGCGCUGUACCUGCGAGAGGCAGAGAAGAAUAAGCAGCUGCUGCAGUGGAUCAUCCAGCUACAGUCCACCUUGAACCACGGCUUGCAGAUGAUUGAGCCUUCGAAGAACAAGAACAACAACCCUGAGGUUCAGAGCAACAAGUGCCCCAAGAUCGCCGGCAUCGCGUCCCUUCUCGAUGGCAGCUCUGACUUCCGUGACGGUGAGUCCGCUGCUUGCUCCCUGGACGUGGAGGGUGACUUGGCUGCCCUCAGUCCAGAGGCCAGCAACGAGGGACGCGGAGGAAGGUGA